GAUAGGAUAGGGAUAGGGAUUUCUCGUUCUUUUUUUAUCUCCCACCCAGCAGUGUUGGUUGUGAGGAGGAGAGCAAGCGAUAUCGUAACGGAGAUUCGGGCGUAUGUUUGCGGACAGCUGAGAUAAAAUCCAUCCCCUUAUGUCCACACCGUCGGUAAUGUAAGCAGUAGACCGAAGCGUGCAAUGAAUCAGUGCGCGAGAUCAUGUCCCAGGAACCGGACAUGGCAGUGGUGCUGUGUGAAGUUAUCAAAUAGUGCGCGCGUUCAGCUUCAGCGUGAUUCGGAGGUUUUAAUAUCUACUACCGCACAGUAAAAUAAAGCACGUUUGACAUGCGAGCCUCCCGUGUCCCACCGGAUGGUGGCUUUGGGUGGGUUGUAGUGGCCGGUUGUGCGCUGGUGAAUGUGUUCAAUCAAUCGUUGGUCUCUGUGUUUGGGCUCAUGUUUGCAGACUACCUCGCCAGUCUCGGAGAGCACGCCUUUGGGGCGGCGCUGGUGAUGAACGUGAUGAACAUUUCGCUCAACUUUUCCGGCCUCAUUACCGGGCCCAUUAUCAAGCACUUCAAUCCAAGAAAGGCCGCUAUUCUGGGCAGUCUGCUGACGGGCACUGCACUCUCGUUAUGUUCGUACAGUACCAAACUGUGGCAGAUUGUGCUAUCGUACAGUGUGACCUUUGGAUUUGGACUGGGGCUAAUACAGUCGUCCACGUUCGUUGCCCUCAACUCCUACUUUCGCCAUCGCAAGGGACGAGCGGUGGGCUUUGCGCUGGCAGGAACCGGCAUUGGUCAGAUUCUGAUGCCGCUGCUCGUGCAGUAUCUUCUGAGCAACUUUAACUUUAGGGACACAACUCUUAUCAUCGGUGGACUAGCGUUUAAUGGGGUGGUUGGUGCCAGCUUACUCCAGCCCGUAGAAUGGCACCUGAAGGAUAGUGUGGCGGGAGAUGAUAGGGAGAGCCAGCCACUGCUGGCAAUGGAUAAGCCGAGCUCACAUGCCAAUGGAACUUCUUGCAAGAAAGCAUCUUGCAGUUGGUCAAAACUAGCUGCCUUGAUGGAUUUUGCCAUUCUCAAGCAGGUUUCGUUUUUGAACUUGAUCGUUGGUCUUGGACUUGCGUACACAGCGUCGACAAGUUUCUCUUUAUUUUUUCCUUACUUUCUACAGAAAUCUGCCAAUUUAACCAUGCUCGAAGCUGCCAACUGCAUGUCGGUGCUUUCCACGACUGAUCUUAUCACGAGGAUAACCGUCCCAGCGUUUGUGGAUAGGAUGGAGUUUUCCCAUCGUACCACGUUUCUGCUAGCCGGAAUCUGCCUGGUGGUGGCACGUUCUGUUAUGGCCGAAAUGCGCUCCCUGGUGCCACUCAUGGUCACGUCCGCCUUUUACGGUAUCUUCCGCUCGAUCACGAUCGUCAAUCAGAACCUGACGGUGGCGGAAUAUUGCGGCGAGAGAAAGAUCGAAAAGAUGCUCCCCAAUGCGCUUGGGUUUAAUAUGGUAACGAAGGGCAUACUGGUACUGACCCUUGGGCAAAUCCUGGGCUGGUUUGCUGACUUUACCGGCAGCUAUUCGUUGAACUUGCACGCCCAGAACCUACUGCUCGUAACGACCUGCGUGCUGUGGUUGUGCGAAAUGUACUUUAAAGACGAUAACUAACCUGUGGCAGACCUCUUAUUAGUCGUUUAAGUUUGUUAAUUAGAUGAUAAGCAUACAAAAUACAAAUUCGCGGACGUUUGC